CUUUGUAUUAGACUUGGAAGGCCCCUUAAUCCUCGAGUUAGAAUACUGCAUCGAAGCAACAGCAGCAGCUUUUCGAAAUCAUAUGUAGACUUUGUUUCUUCCAUCAUGUCAACAUGUUGAAACUCCUCUACCAGCUACCUCUCCUAGCCACGGAGAGUGUCCUGUCUGUCGCCUCGACUACUUCCCUCACAGCAACUACGAUCCCCGCAUAUGUGAUAGUAUACGCACCGCUUGUAUGGCUACACAGCCAAGAUGUAUACAGGCCUUCCGACAUCGGUCAACAGCUCAUAAACACCAUUCCCAUGGUGAAUUGGUCAUCCAUUCCAGAGUCACCGUCGCCCCCAACUCUAGAUAACCUCGCGUACCUCAACGACGUGGGCAAUACGAGCGUGUAUCUCACGUCCAAGGAGGGGAUCGAUGCGGAUCCUCACCCAUCGUGGUUUUAUGGGGUAGAUCCCGAUAUCCACGGCGUGACCGAAGGUGCUGUAUCAUCUACCAUCGUCGUUCGCGAUCAUGGUGAUGGAACCUUGGAUGCCUUCUACUUUUACUUCUUUGCAUAUAACCAAGGCAACACGGUCUUGGGCAUGCAAUUCGGCAACCAUGUCGGUGACUGGGAGCACAACAUGAUUCGCUUCGAGAAUGGAGUUCCCAGAUCGCUCUGGUAUAGCCAGCACGCUGGCGGACAGGCUUUCACUUAUGAAGCCACAGAGAAGAAGGGAAAGCGGCCCAUCGCCUAUUCCGCAAAUGGAACACAUGCUGUGUAUGCAAUUGCUGGGCCUCAUGAUCAUACCAUCCCCAACUUCAACCUUCCCACGGGAUUGAUCGUCGAUUACACCGAUCGCGGGGUUUUCUGGGAUCCGACCCUCAACUCAUAUGCAUAUAGUUACGAUGCAACGAGCAAGAAGUUCCAGCCCUAUGACUCCAAGUACCCGGUCAACUGGCUCGAAUACAACGGUCAAUGGGGAGACGAUGCAUUGCCGGGUGGACCGGAGCUUUUUGGACAGGCCAAAUACACCGGGGGCCCCAACGGUCCCAAAUUCAAACACAUCGUCCGAUCCGAAGUGUGUCCGAAAAGCCCGUGCAUAGUUCUCCCGUUCCGAAUCUGGAGUGACGGCGAGACCACGAGGAAGCAGUGAAUCUCCCAGUAUAUAAGAGGACUUCUUAUUUUCAGCAAGGCAUCAUGCGAUUCCUAAAUGAUGACAACAGCAGAAUCCAAUGUUGGGGGAGAGAACGUGU